ACGGAAGCGGAGGUUUGGUUAGCAAUUCGGGUUCGUACUUGUCAAGAAGAAAAUGACGUGCACUUCGGAUUUCAGUGAAUGUGCCUCGUGAUACGGGACGCGUUAAUCAGAGAAAAAAUAAAGUUUAUCAAUUCGUGAUCUUCUUUGAUUUUAAAGGCAAAGGAGAUAUUCUUCGUUUCUUAUUCUCGCGCCUUCGAGUGAACUGUGAAUCGUUUAUGUCGUUCCUUCUUUUUCUCUCUCUCUCUUUCUCUCUCUUUUUCUCUGCCUAUUCUUCUCUCUCUCUCUCUCUUUCCUUUCUUUCUCAUAAUCAAGAUAUAUCUGUCUUUCUCUCUCCUGUUCCUAACUAACCUAAAUACUCGUGAACCCGUAACGUGAUUUUGUCGUGACACGUCGUCAACGAAUACCUGAACUAGUUUAUGGCGAUCAUUUUUUCUCCUCCGUAUCCUAAAAUCCAUUCGAAAAGUGGAAGAAAAUCAAAGAGAAAAUUGAAUCGUUUAAACUGCUUUGUAAUCGAAGACUUCCUUGUCUCGAGGUCGUUCUAACCUGGACCGAAAGCGUCUCGGCGCUCUUGUGAGAAUUUAUUUACGUGAAUGAAAGGUAUAAACACCAAGAGGAUACUAUAAGCAGUGUUAAGAUAAAGAAGCAAUCAUGGAGGACGGCCAUGCCAAGACCGUUGAUGAGGUAUUAAAUUAUUUCAAUGUGGAUUCGGAUAAAGGAUUGUCCCUCGACCAAGUGAAAAGAAAUCAGGAGAAGUAUGGUCUCAAUGAAUUGCCAGCCGAGGAGGGUAAAUCCAUCUGGCAACUCGUAUUGGAACAAUUCGACGACCUCCUAGUUAAGAUUCUAUUAUUAGCCGCUAUUAUAUCUUUUGUACUAGCUUUAUUUGAGGAGCACGAGGAUGCGUUCACGGCCUUCGUCGAGCCCUUCGUCAUUUUGCUCAUUCUUAUCGCCAAUGCCGUGGUCGGUGUUUGGCAAGAGCGUAACGCCGAAUCGGCAAUCGAAGCGUUGAAGGAGUAUGAACCCGAAAUGGGUAAGGUCGUUCGGGGUGACAAGGCUGGCGUACAAAGGAUUCGAGCGAAAGAGAUCGUUCCCGGAGACAUCGUUGAGGUGUCCGUCGGUGAUAAGAUUCCAGCUGAUAUUCGUCUUAGCAAAAUUUUCUCAACCACCCUCAGGAUCGAUCAAUCCAUCCUGACCGGUGAAUCUGUAUCUGUUAUCAAGCAUACGGAUCCUGUUCCCGAUCCACGUGCCGUCAAUCAGGACAAGAAAAAUAUUUUAUUCUCUGGUACCAAUGUAGCUGCUGGUAAAGCACGUGGCGUUGUUAUUGGAACCGGUUUAAAUACUGCUAUUGGUAAAAUUCGUACUGAAAUGUCCGAGACUGAGGAAAUAAAGACACCCCUUCAACAAAAACUCGAUGAGUUUGGUGAACAAUUGUCAAAGGUCAUUUCCGUAAUCUGCGUUGCUGUAUGGGCUAUCAACAUCGGUCACUUUAACGAUCCUGCUCACGGUGGAUCAUGGAUCAAGGGUGCCAUUUACUAUUUCAAGAUCGCCGUCGCUCUGGCUGUCGCUGCCAUUCCUGAAGGUUUACCGGCUGUUAUUACGACUUGUUUAGCUUUGGGUACUAGGCGUAUGGCUAAGAAGAAUGCCAUUGUACGUUCCUUGCCUUCUGUCGAAACUCUCGGUUGUACUUCUGUUAUUUGCUCUGACAAGACUGGAACAUUGACUACCAAUCAGAUGUCUGUUAGCCGAAUGUUCAUUUUCGAUAAGGUCGAGGGCAACGAUAGCUCGUUCCAUGAGUUCGAGAUUACAGGAUCGACUUACGAACCCAUCGGUGAGAUCUUCCUCAGAGGACAAAAGAUCAAAGGGCAGGAUUACGAGACACUUCACGAGAUUGGUACAAUCUGUAUCAUGUGUAACGACUCGGCCAUUGACUUUAACGAGUUCAAGCAAGCUUUCGAGAAAGUUGGAGAGGCUACUGAAACCGCAUUGAUUGUUUUGGCUGAAAAGGUUAAUCCUUUCGGUGUAUCGAAGGGUGGACUCGAUCGUCGUAAUGCGGCCAUAGCCGUCAGGCAAGACAUCGAAACGAAAUGGAAGAAGGAAUUCACCUUGGAAUUCUCUCGCGAUCGCAAAUCCAUGUCCUCGUAUUGUGUACCAUUGAAACCUAGUAAACUUGGAACUGGACCAAAACUUUUUGUUAAGGGUGCACCUGAAGGAGUAUUGGAUAGAUGCACGCAUGCACGCGUUGGUACACAAAAGGUUCCUCUUACUUCGACUUUGAAAAAUCGUAUUUUGGAUCUGACGAGACAAUAUGGAACUGGACGAGAUACAUUGCGUUGUCUUGCUUUGGCUACCGCUGAUCAUCCGAUGAAACCCGAUGACAUGGAUUUAGGCGACUCUACGAAGUUCUAUACUUACGAGAAGGAUCUCACGUUCAUCGGUGUAGUUGGUAUGUUGGAUCCACCACGUAAGGAAGUAUUCGACUCCAUUGUUAGGUGUCGUGCUGCUGGUAUCCGUGUUAUCGUUAUUACUGGUGAUAACAAAGCCACCGCGGAAGCCAUUUGCCGACGAAUUGGCGUUUUCACCGAAGAGGAGGACACCACAGGAAAAUCAUACUCUGGACGUGAAUUUGACGAUUUAUCACCAUCCGAACAGAAAGCAGCAUGCUCAAGGGCCAGAUUGUUCUCCCGCGUAGAACCAGCUCACAAAUCGAAGAUCGUUGAGUAUUUGCAAAGCAUGAACGAGAUCUCGGCUAUGACCGGCGAUGGUGUGAACGACGCUCCUGCUUUAAAGAAAGCUGAAAUUGGUAUUGCUAUGGGUUCUGGAACGGCUGUAGCAAAGUCAGCAUCUGAGAUGGUAUUGGCUGAUGACAAUUUCUCAUCUAUCGUUGCUGCCGUUGAAGAAGGUCGUGCCAUUUACAAUAACAUGAAACAAUUCAUUCGUUAUCUCAUCUCUUCUAAUAUCGGUGAAGUCGUAAGUAUAUUCUUGACGGCCGCUCUUGGUCUUCCCGAAGCUUUAAUCCCGGUUCAACUUCUCUGGGUUAACUUGGUCACUGAUGGUCUUCCAGCCACUGCCCUUGGUUUUAAUCCACCCGAUUUGGAUAUCAUGGAUAAGCCUCCCCGCAAAGCCGAUGAAUCUCUUAUUUCUGGUUGGCUAUUUUUCCGAUACUUGGCCAUUGGUGGAUACGUAGGUGCUGCUACUGUAGGAUCGGCCGCGUGGUGGUUCUUGUAUAGUCCGCAUGGACCACAAAUGAAUUAUUAUCAAUUGACUCAUCACUUGGCUUGCAUUGGUGGUGGGGACGAGUUCAAAGGCAUUAACUGCAAGAUCUUUUCCGAUCCUCAUCCAAUGACCAUGGCUCUAUCGGUAUUAGUAACCAUUGAAAUGUUGAACGCUAUGAAUAGCUUAUCGGAGAAUCAAUCACUCAUCACGAUGCCGCCUUGGUCCAACAUGUGGCUCAUCGCCUCCAUGGCUCUUUCCUUCACACUCCACUUUGUCAUUCUUUACGUCGACGUCCUUUCGUCCGUAUUCCAAGUGACUCCCUUAACGGCUGAAGAAUGGGUUACCGUUAUGAAGUUUUCCAUUCCAGUGGUACUUCUAGACGAAACCCUGAAGUUCGUUGCCAGAAAGAUCACAGAUGCAUCAAGAGUAUCCGCUUCAGUGAAGAGGUCGAAACUGGAGCUGCCUGAUAAAUUGCUGAGAUUUCAAGAGAGUAAUUUUGCAUGGAGUUCGGAUUGACGGAAACCUUAUUAAUAUCCUCGCACAUUGUCACGUGUCUUCCUUCCUGUUGGGAUAUAAUAGUGCAUGCAAACAAAUUCCUACAGCAUAUCCUAUGGUAUCUCCGAAUUUCCUGGUAAUUAAAAUAAUAAAACGAUUUUAACAAUCCUGCUGUGUCGUCUAUCAGUCAGGAUGAAUAUUUUCAAAAUUUCAUUUGAUUUGCAUCUAUUCUGUAAGAUCUGAAAAUUAAUAUAAUUAAAGGCAUAGCCUUUUAUUCUUUGCUAGUUUAUUUCCCUUUGACAAUGAUGCGUCCUUAAAAAAUUAAUAAUUACCUUUGCCAAUUCGAAUAGAUCUGUAGAUAUGGGAGAUAAUCGUUAAAAAAUGAAAAUGCUUAUUUUAUUUGUAUCGACGCAUCCAUUUAUAGUAAAUUAUAGUAACGUCCAUAGAAUACCUUUUCGAGUAUACGAAGUAAACGUUUGUUGCACGAUACCUUUUGUAUAUAUACAAAAAAAAAAAAAAAAAAAAAAAGAAAAAAAAAGGAAAAAAAGAAGAAAACAAAAUGAAACAAAAAAAGAACGAUUAAGAAAAAACGAAACUGAAGAGAAUGAGAAAAGAAAGAAAAAAGCAAAAAAAAGAAAAAAGAAAAAGUGAUGCGACGGGCACAGCAGGACAAAGUCGUAACAGCUUGCACUUAAUUAUUAAUUAUUAAUUAAUAAUAACUCCGGUCCUCUACAAACGUGUACGUACUUUUGUGUGCAUAAUUUCUAUAUAAUGCAAGAGAGAGAAAGAAAAAAAAAAGAAAGAAAAGAUACACGUUAUGCAGCGGUUGUGUAUAUCAUCUACGUGUGCGAUGUGGACCGUCAAGUUGCGUCGUCCGUCGUCAUCAUCGUCGUCGUCGUCGUCGUCGUCGUCGUCAUCGUCGCCGCCGUCGUCGUCGUCGUCGUUUUCGUCAUCGUCGCAUCGUACGUGCGUAUGGCUUUGUGUGUAUACAUAUUAACGAUAAAAUAAAAAUUGUUAAAUCGUUUGAGAUCAGCUUGAUUGGUCCAUGUCUUAUCAACGUUUCGAGUUCGGACCGGCGAGCAGAAUCCAAAACGACUCGAUCGUUAACUCGAACCGUUCCUAAUAAUUAUGUUCACUAUGUACAAAAGAAGACAAAAAAAAAAAAAGAAAGAGAGGAAAAAAAAUAUAGUAUUUGAUUAGAUCCAUUCAAACCGGUCGAGUCGUUUAAGAAGUUUCGAGCUAUGGGCCAGAUUACGUACGCCAUAUAUAUGAAUACACAUACAUACAUACAUACAUAAUAUACAUACAUACACAUACAUACGCGUUCACAGAGUAUAUAAAGGAGCGAUUAAUUGCGAACGAUCGGUGUUAUUUUCAAGUUCACAUGGGGCUUCAAUGUGCCUCUGACUGUUCUUUAGUCGUUUUAAUACCAAGUUUUAUAUAUAUAUAUAUAUAUAUAUAUAUAUAUAUAUACAUAUAUAAAACAUAUAUAUCACACAGAUAGUAAAGUUAAGAAUCUGCUAGAAAGUGCAAGAACAUCCGGCGAUCCACUUUUCUAUGUACACUUAUAAAACGCAACAAGACUGACGGUGUGUGGUUUUAAGAGAAGAGUGGUUCGUUGGCAUUCGUACGAAAUAAAAUGAGAAAAAGGGAAAGGAAGGGAAAAGAAAUAAAAAGAAACAGACAAAAAAAUAAAUAAAACAUAUAAAAGAAAUGGAAAAAAAGGGAUAUAAAAAAAAAGGAGAAAGAAUACGGGAAUAAUGUGAUCGUUCGACGCGAUAUCCAUAAAGUAAACAUUGAAAUUACAUUUAGCGAUAUUCCCCGGUUUUAAUUAAUUUAACCGCCUCUUAAUCGCGUAUAAAAAACUUACAUAAUGUAAUAUAUUAAUUAUGUUAAUGGUUAAGGCGUGAUACUUUGGUAUGGGCAUAAUUAGACUUAAUUAGAUGAUGGCGGAGAGAGUCGUGAGUGUGUUCAGAACGAGCGUACGCACACGAAGAUGAAAAAAAGGAUAAUAAAGGACGAAAGAGAAAUAGAAAAAGAAAAUGAAACAAAUACAUAUACACACACAGGACAUACAAAAACAUACGGUUAUACAUAUAAUAAGAUAAUCUAAUUAAGUAAAUGCCAUUGAAUAUUACAUAGGAAAGUUAAUUAAUGUGAUAGAUUAAUCGUCGCCGUCGCGCUUUUUCCGAACGAACCCAAGUAUCUUUCAAAGAUGUUUCAAAGAUUUUUCUAAGAUCUAUUAAAGAUCUUUUACGAUUAUCUUUUGUUUCGUUUCGUUUCUCUCUUUUCUCUCUCUCUCUCUCUCUCUCUCUCCUGCUUUUGUUUGAUUUUCGAUCGCCAAUUGAAAAUCGUGCUAUCGAUAAGUCGUCUAAUUUCAUUCAUAAAAGAAUUAGUAUAACUAUAAUUUCAUUUUCGUUGAUUCGAGAUACGUUUAUAUGUAUUUUUUCUUCGAGAAUUUCUCAAAUUUGAUGUGUUUUCGUAUGGAUUGAAAGUAAAAAAAGAAAGAAAGAAAGAAAAAAAAAAGGAAAAAAAAAGUAGAAAAAAAAGAAAUAUACAAAUAAAAGGGGGGGGGGAGGAGGAAAGAAGAAAAAUAUUAAAAAAGAAUACGGCAUUUCUCUGGGGAUUACGAAAUAAGCACGUCCGAGAUAUUAAUCGGCUAACAAUAUUUUAAAUAAUAUCCCUUCAGUUUAAUUAGAUUGUCUGUUGCAAAUUUUUAAUGUUUUUUUCUUUUUCUUUUUCUUUUUUUUCUCUUUUUUUUUAAUUUUUUUUUUUUUUAAUUUUUUCUUUACGCUAUAGUUAUUUUAAAAUCAAAGGCCUUCGUAUCGGACUAAAAAUCGUUAUAUAGAACAUGGUUACGUCUUUAUAUCACCUAUGAUAUAAUAAAUUUUAAGUCAAUCCAUUCAACCGUGUAGACGAUAAAAUGGAUAUACACAGACACAAACGGGUUACAUGUUUCUACAUAAAUACUAAUAUACAUUUAGAUUUUGAUAUAAAAUGUAAAAGAUCAGAAAAAAAGGACUGAACAAUGUCUUUAUUAGUUGGAAAGAUAAUCGUUCAUUAAAUUAUUUUUUUUUUCUUUUUUUUUCUUUUUUUUUUCUUUUUUUUUUUAAUUUAUCAUCGAGCACACACAAAGGGUUAAUAUAAAAAAAAAAAAAUAUUGCGGUCGUGCUUAAAAAUCGAAAGAUGAGUAAAAGUAAACGAAGUAGUGCCAUCGAUGAGGGAAGAAAAAGGGCUGUAGCAUGGUAUUGGAUGGACAAGAAAAAAAAAAAAAAAAAAAAAAAAAGGAAAAAGAACAAAAACAAAAAGAAAAAAAAAAGUUCGUUGGACCACAUCGAGCAUCCUCGAUCUUUUUUCGAUCGGAUUGUUCUUUUCUUUUCUUCUUUUUUUUUUUUUUUUUUUUUCGAUCAAAUCGAUCUUUUUUGCCCAAUGCCAUGAGCCCUCGAACGAAUCCGUGGAGAAUCGAACUGCGACGAUUCUCUGCCGAUCUGCAUUCUUCUCUGAUACGAGAAACGGAGAGUAGUUGUUUUUAAUGAUAAUUCAUAACAAAUGAAAAAGAAAAGAAAACAAAACAAAAAUAGAAAGAAAGAAAAAAUAAAAUAAUGAUCAUUAUUCAUGCGAUAUAAGAUUCUGAAUGAACCGAUAUUAUCAUUGAGGAUCGCGUAUUUCAAUGGCGGUAAUACAAAAAAAAAAAAUAAAUAAAUAAACGCAAUACGACAAAUUGUAAUCACACUUUUGUUUCGCGCCUAGAUUAUUAAUGAAGAAAAGAAAGAAAGUAAAAAUAAAAGUAAAUAAAUAAAACUAGCGAAAUACGGCGCGAGUCACGUCUAGCAAAUAUUGUUUAUUUAUCAUAUUAUUUAUCUCUAUCGUGUAUCGACAAACAACAACAACAACAACAACAAAAAUAAUAAUAAUGAUAUUGAUAAUAAUAAUAAUAACAAUAAUAAUAAUAAUAAUAGUAAUGAUGAAAGAAAAGAAGGUUGAUAAAAAGGAAAGAGUAACAGCUCGUUCACAUUCCAUCGAAUCGAUUUUUUUUCAAAUCGAUUUAAUUUAUUGUCUUCUGCGUUAAUACAUAUAAGUACAUUAUAUUUUAUAUUUAAACAUUCACACGACAAUUAUACGAUACUGCCGUCGAUCAUAUAAAACCGAACCAUGUGUGAAUAUUACAGUCGGUUGACAUCGAUUCGGCGAAAUUAUCGAUACGGUUAAGAAAAAAAAGAAAAAGAAAAAAAAAACACCGAAACGUUGUUGAACGAUCUGUACUCAUUAUCGAAAAUUAUGAUGAUAUUAUAACAACCGAAGGUGACCGAGUUUAAUGAUCGAUCAAUCGAUCGAAGAUAAUCUUUCGCUUGUUAUAAUAAACAUCAUGUGUUAACUAAUGCGUGUGUUCCAAGUCAAUGAUCGGCCUACUAAUAAAAACAAAAAGACAAAUUGAAAUAAUAACUUAUCGAUCGCUCGCUUACUUCCUGUUGUUUUCUUCAUUAACAUAUGAUAAGAAAAUAGUCUGGCUAAUUUCACCGGAUUCUCCUUUUCAUCUUUAUCAUUUCAUCCUGUCUCCCAAUUUAAUCUAUAACCCCUAAGAUCGAUCAGAAAUCAAGAACGAGUAAUCCCAGUUGGAGUUUAUAAAAAUCAACGAUGGAUAAAGAUCGUCACCAUCACCAUCAUUAUCAUGAUCAUCAUCAUCAUCAUCAUCAUCAUCAUCAUCAUCAUCAUCAUCAUUGUCGUCGUUGUUGCCGUCGUCGUCGUCGUCGUCGUCGUCGUCAUCAUUGUUGUCGUUGAUGUGUAAUGAUAUCCACGAUAUUCCAUGGAUUGAUACACGCUACUUGUUAACAACCCCUCUCGUUCCACCCUGGAUUUGUUGUUUGAUUUUUUGUGCAUGACUUCUCUUGGAAAACCGAUACGGUAAUCCCAGUGGCAUAAGUAAUUACCGUAUUGGUCUUAUCAAUUUGGAAUGCCCUAACCAAGGAAAUUUAUUCCCCCCCGACGAGCAAAAUAAUCCAUCACGACCACCGACACCUUUUUGCUAAUUCCUGCCUGCUGGUGUGUGAAAAGAUCAGACCGCUAGGUCUUCUUGGACUUGAUUUGCCUAGCAACCAAAUCCGAUCAAGGAUUUUAUCAGUGACAUCAACUAAGUGGCACAACCAGUGACGUUGCGGAAAUAAAGCUCGAGAUGCGUCUGGGAUUCGAACGAGCAAAUAAAAAAAAAAAAAUAUAUAUAUAUAUAUUAUAAAAAACAAUAUACAAAAAAAGAAACAGCGAGCGGCAUCCUCGAAUAGCGGAAGCGAGAGAUCUUCGAGACGCCGAUUCAAACACACGUAUACAUACGUACAAUUACACAUGGAUAUACACACUCAUAUAUAUAUAUAUAUAUAUAUAUAUAUAUAUAUAUAUAUAUGAAAAUAGAACGAUGUAGUCGAAAAUGAGGUGAGCCGUUCGAAAAUUAUGAGAAAAGCCGAAAAUGAGAGCAAAAAGAAGACACGCAUAUAUAUAUAUAUACAUAUAUAUACAUAUACAUAUAUAUAUAUAUAUAUAUAUUACUACCAUUAAACAUCGUCGUACAUGCACAUGCACAUACGCCAAAAAAAAAAGGAAAAUAAAAAUAAAAUAGAGAAAACAUAUCGUCAAUACCGGAGAGAGGCUAAAAAGAAGAAAGGAAAUACAGGGGAUGAUUGUGUGUAUCACACACACAUAUAAACACACACACACACAUGGAGAGUCACAUAAGAGAGACAGGCAAUGACGAGUGUAUACCGUUAGAGUCAUCAGGAAGCAGCCAAGGACAUCGAACGUGCGUGUAUAUAUGUGUGUGUGUGUGUGUGUAUGUGCGCUUACCAACGUACAUACGAGACCUUCGUUAGAGAGCCGAACAAAAAACUCUGUCUUUCCCUCAGCACCCUCUAUUAUGUUCGUUGAUCCGAAGGAGCCAAGAACAUCUGGUGGUGCUGCUGCUGCUGCUACUGCUGUUGCUGCUCUGUGUAUGUGUAUGUGUGUAUGUGUGUGUGUGUGUGUAUAUAUAUAUAUAUAUAUAUGUGUAAGUUUUAUGAAGAAGGAAAGGAAGAAAGAAAGACAUAUGUCUCUAUGAUCGAAUCCUUUACCUUGGAAAACCCACACACACACGCACAUGCGCGCGCGCGCGCGAGCAUAGGAUGUAUACAAUGACACAUUCGUUCCCAUUUUUAUGCGACAAAUUGACGUUUUCCAUCUCUAUCUCUCUCUCUCUCUCUCACUCUCUCUCGCUCUCUCUCUCUAUCUUUCUCUCUCUAUCUCUAUCUCUCUAUCUCUAUCUCUCUCUCUCUCUCUCUCUUUUUUUCUUAUUCAUCAUCGAAGCUCGGGAUGUUCUUCCUUUUUUGUCACUAAUAACGAACGUGUCUGUAUUAUGUUACAGUAGGGGAAAAUGGUUGUCGAUAAGUGGGCCUAAGGCUCCAAUUCUUAGAUUGUCUGAUCUUUUUCGGCGAUUGAACUUUUAUCCUGAUACAUUCAUAUCGAAUUAAGAAAAAUUAAGAAAAUUAAUAUUACGGAAAUAAAUAUAAACAGAGUAUAUAUAUAUAUAUAUAUAUACAUAUAUAUUGUGCAGAGACAGUGAUAGAGAACGGACGAAAGGGGAAAGAAAGUAAAACAACAAAAAAUAGUCUUAGUAAAGGGAAGAAUGGAAGUGAAAGAAAAAUUAAACAAAAAAAAGAAAAAAGGAAAAAAAAAAGAAAAAAAAAAAAAAUAAAAAUUAAAAAAUAAAUAAGAAUAAAAAAAAAAAAAAGAAAAAGAAAAGAAAAACAAAGAGCCAACAAAGGAUAUAGCGACACAAACUUCCGCCUUCGCGCCAAAGCUGAAAGAAAAUAUAAAAGACAACCGCAGCCCGGGGCUUCUUAAAGAGCAGAGCUUUUGAGUUUGCAGAGUAGUCGCGCUUCUAACAAGAACACGGUGCUCCUAAUAAAAAUAGUGAUAUAUAUAUAUAUAAUAUUAUAAUAAUACUAGUAAUAAUAAUAAUAAUAAUAAAAAAUAAAUAGUAAUAAUAAUUAUAAUAAUAAUAAUAAUAAUAAUGGUAAUAAUUAUAAUAAUAAUGAUAAUAAUAAUAAUAAUAGUGGGAACACGAAAAUGUAAUAAUACGCGUUGGAGUAUUGGUUGAAUUUCUUCUCAAUAGAAUUGAAUGAAACUCGUUUUUGGGUUGAUGAUUAAAGCGAAUGUAAGGAAGAGUAAAUGAAAAACGAAGAGAAAUGAAAAAGAAACAAACAAAAAAAAAAAGAAAAGAAAGGAAAAGAAAGAAGAGAAAAGAAAUAAAGGGAAAAAAAGAGAAGCUAUCGCUUUUUUUUUUUUUUUUUCCUAUAAAUCUCGCGGAUCAUUUCAGGAUGCCUUCCGUUGUUGUUAUUCUUGCUGUGUUGACAAAGUAAAAUAAAAAAAGAAGAGAGAAAAAAGAAGAGAAAAAAAAAAGAAAAGACAAGGAAAAAAUGAGAGAUUGGGGAAAAACGCAAAAGGGGGGAUGUGAAAAUUAGUAAAGAACAUUGGCUGAAUUUAGGAGCGAUAAAGAUAGAGUAAAGAGAAUGGAAUAUAGAAAAAAGAAGAGCAAAUACAAAAAGAAAUAAAAAAAGAUAAAAAGAAAAAAAGUAGAGUCAUUUUUGAAUGUUCCGCGUAUGAAAUACUUCUGGCUAUUUUAACGGCAAUUUCAUCGAUGAAAUUUACAGCAGCUAAUUAAUAGCAAUCAAUGCAAAUUCAAUUAACAUAUCUGAUUAGCAAA